CCAAUCUCGGCCGCUUCUACAAAGUCUCGAUCCAGAUGCAUAACCAGUUUCAUUGAACACUUCCGGUUUGAAGUAGUUCUAGCGAGCUAUUCAUUCAAGAAACAACUGAAGGAAUUAAGGCCAGAGGGAGUUGCGAGUAGGGUUUCAUUAAAAGGUUCUCGCAAAUUUAGUUGAGUAGCGGUGAAGACGGCAUGGAAAUAAACAACUGAUAAUUGACGCUCUCGCCUUAAGGAAGUGAAGAAGAGAAGUGUUGCCGUUUGAAAGAAUUCCACUGAGUUGCCAAUUUAUCUAAAGAGAUUCAGAAUGUUUUUUUGGUUAGUUUAAUACUGUUUAGUUCAUAUUCAUAGAGAGAUUGAUGUUCAUCAAAAUAUUUAUCUUUUAUUGAUUUUUUAUAAGUCGUCAC